GUAGACAAACAUUAAUUUGACCUUUGAUACACGAUUAAUGAAAGAGACAGCACAAGAUACACGUACACACGUACAUCACAAGCAGCCAACAGCGUCCAUUAUAUCAUCUGAACUCCCUAGCAUAGUCACCCACCGGUACCCAGUACAAUGUGGCGUAUAGUGGCAGCAGUGGUGGGUCUGUAUCGGAUGGUGAUGGACGCAACUCGAGAGCUGUUCAUCCGUAUUCUGAUGGGUAUCCUCAUCUUCCUAGGCUAUGUGCUUCUCUCUCUCUUCAUCUACGCCAUCAUGAGGAGAAUCAUGGUCCCUCAGAAACUACACACUCUACCUGUACACUUACAAUACACACCAGGGUGCAGUGAUAUUCAGUGUCCGUUCCCUCAAGCCGAGCUAAUCUUAAAUGGUGGAAAAAAGUUGCUGAGCUCUGGGCAGUACUACAAGAUCUUACUGGAGCUAGAAAUCCCUGAGACGAAUGCCAACCAGGAAGUGGGUGUGUUCAUGGUCAACCUCACCUUCCAUUCCACUGACGGGCGGUACCUCUCGUCCUCAGCCAGACCAGUUAUGAUUCGGUUCAAGUCCUUCCUCCUCCAAAUCCUCUACACCCUGUUCUUUGCAGUGCCCCUCCUCCUGGGUCUCUGGGAGCAGAAGCAAGUCAUCGAGUUGGUCCUGUUUGAGAGCUACUACGAGCCGUACGGUGAUGGGGCUCUCUCUGCACUAGUCACUGUACAGCAUCAUGGAGUGCAGCUCUACUCAACACAACUGAGCAUCGAGGCCAACUUCAGUGGAUUCACGUACUACCUGUACCAGUGGCCCAUCUCCAUGAGUGUGAUAGUGAUCAUCAGCAUCUUUGUCAGUCUGUGCACGUGUACCGUGCUCAUGUGGGUGAGUGAUGUGGUGAGGGACUACGAUGAACAGAGGAGGGCUGCUUUGCAACGGAGGAGAAUGAUACAAGCUCGCACCACGGGACAGGCCGCUCAGAAUGGACUGGGAACACAGAGACGAGGACGAGGGAGACAACAGGUUGGUAGUAACACGGCCCUCCCCCCUGCCCUGGAAGAGACCACCGGCUCUGAGAUAUCCUCUGAGGAGACUAGUACUGUCACUGGAGUGGAGGAUCUGGCAUCAGAGAUGGGUCGAGGGCAGUCCACCCCACCUCCCAGUAUCACACCCACGGAGGGAAGUGUCACAAGCAGUGAUUACAGUGCAGGGUUCAACGAUGUGCUCUCCAGCCUGCACACGCUCAGUAGGGAGCUAGAUGGACAGGAAGUGGGUGUGGCCAACAGAAACAUUCGAUAUAGAACUGGACAUUGAUAUUUUCUCUGUGUGUGUGUGUACGUGUGGGUGUGUGUGUGUGUGUGUGUGUGUGUGUGUGUGUGUUCUCCAUUCACUUCCAAAUUAUUAUGUAGUUAAUUUUGUAUAAUGUCAAUCAUGCUAAAUUUAUGAAAAUG